AUGCAGUUCAGAAUCGUUGCCGUUGUCCUCGCUAUCGCCGCCGGUGUCAGCGCUAAUCAAUAUGAAGCCACUAACACAACCAACACCACCACUCCACCAGUCCCAAGCCCAACUGAAACUGGUGCUGCUUGGGCCAACGCUGCUGGCAUGGGAUCCCUCGCCCUAGCUGUUGCCGGUGUCGUCGCUGCUGUAUGUUAA